GGCUAUCUCAGCUCUUUCACACACUCUCAACUAACUGUGUUGAACCCCCGUUACCGGGCAAUGUUUUAAGGGCUUAUUUCGGUCAGGGAAGGAUUGGAUCUACCAAACCUAACUCUAUACUAUUCACCUACACAGAAGACAGCAGACUUGAUCAGUUCACUUCCUGCGACACUUGGUCUUUCACUAUCCCACUGGUUACGGCCCCUAGAGUGAAAAAACUGUGAUUUUGGCCUCAAUUGUGAAGAUCCAUCCAUCUGUCCAGCACUUCUCUCCAUUCCUGCCCUCCCCCUCUUCCCCCCUCAUCCUGCACAGCUCAUGACAUCAGUGCAGCCAACAUGGCAUUCUCAUCACGCUUUUCCUUCUGGGAGCAAAAGGUCAAAGAAGAGGUCAGACCACCAGGCUCCAAGACUUCAAACCAGGGUUCAGACAGCGACAGUGGCAGUAUGAGUAUCCGCUCCCAGUCCGUGCCUAGUCUGGAGCCUUGCAGGGGCCUACUCUGCAGUAAAAGCCCUGAGCCGGCCAAGACACCACCCGGGGUCAGGGUCAGGAGUCCCUCACCACCCAGGGUACGCAGGGAUGUAAAGGUCCCUGAACGCUUCAAAAGUCCAGUGCCUCCGAUCCAGAUGCCAGCACAACGCUUCAGGAGCCCUGACCCACUCAGAGCUUCCAUGAUUAGCCCUGAGCCUGUGCUGAACGGGAACAGCAAGCCCAACGGAUCUGUUAAUGGAAGUGCUGUCAAUGGAAGCUCUGCCAACGGUAGUGCCAACCAGCCAGACCUGGACAACGAUGAUCAGAGCCUUACCCGCAAGAAGGUAGUGAAGGUGGUACGUCGAGUGGUGAGGAAGGUACUACCUGCAGAAGAGGAGUAUGCUCCAACUCCUGAGCCUACCAAACCUGCCCCUGAACCUCCUAAAUUGGUGCUAUCGCAAGUGCUAAGAUCUGUGCCCAAGGUCCCAAAGGUUCCACUGUUCUCUUUCAAGCACGACACCAUCAAGACAGAGGAGAAGGACAAUAUAUCAGCUGGGCUGGCCAGCCUCAUGGUCCGCGGGAGGACCAGGGACCGCCCUCGCACACGCAAAGAUGGGCCACCUGAAAAAAAACAGGAGGAAGCGGGGGAAAGAGAGGAAAAAGAAAGUCCAAAGUUGGUUGAUAUUAAAUCUAGCCUUAAAGUCGUCCCAGUUUCAAAACCGGAAGAUAAGACUCCCGUGUUGGCAGCACCUGCCAAAGUUCCUCCUACUGCCUCUACUUUGACCUUGGUUCCCUCCAAGUCUGCACCCGCAGGCUUCAUCCCUGCCUCAAAACCUUCCUCGCUCUCCCCUCCCGCAGGUUUCAUUCUACCACCAAAAUCAGCCUCCCUUAGCCCACCUGAUGGGUUUGUACCAGCACCAAAAUCAGCCCCCCUUUGCCCACCAAAUGGGUUUGUACCAGCACCAAAAUCUACCCCUCUUUCCCCUCCAGCAGGGUUUGCACCAGCCCCAAAAUACACUGCUGUUACUCCUUCAGCUAUCACUGUAGCUCCCAAAUCCUCUCCAGCCAUUCACCCGCCAUGCUUCGUCCCACCACUAAAAUCGACCCAUAUGUCCUCACCUGCCGGGUUCAUACCAGUCCCAAAAUAUAUACCCCUUUCCCCAUCUGCUGGUUUUGUCCCCUCUUAUAAAUCCUCCCCUGUCACUCCCCCUUCAGCAUCCGUUCCCACCUCCAAGUCCUCCUCCAGUACUUCCGCUGCAGGGUUCGUCCCAGACCCCAAGGCCUCGCAUCUCUACCCUAACCCUCCCAAGUCCUCGGCUCUCUCCCCUCCUCCUGCAGUCACUCCCAAGGCGAGUACCCUCUCUCCACCACCGGAGUUCAUUCCGCCCCCCAGACAGCCAACCGUGAAGAAGCCUGAGGUGAAGGCUUUGGCAACCUCUCCCCUGUCCUCUGUUCCCAUUGAGAAGGCUUCACCGCAGAACAAUUCAUCAACCAUUACCCCAAACAUUACCCAAAAGCUGGAGCCUGUGGUUCGUGCCUCAGCUCCGCUCCUUUCUUCGGCCCCAACCCCCCCUCAGGGACAGGUGGACGAGGACCCCGUGGCCAUCCUUCAGGCGUCUCACGCCGCUGCCCAACAAUCCAAGGUGAAGACAGAGGAGCAGAUAGCCACAGAGCAGGCAUGGUACGGCUCAGAGAAGGUCUGGCUGGUCCACAAGGAUGGCUUCUCCCUGGCGACACUGCUGAAGACUGAGGCGGGCUCCCUGCCGGAGGGGAAGGUGAAGAUCAAACUGGAACAUGACGGGACAAUCCUGGACGUAGAUGAGGAUGACGUGGAGAAGGCGAACCCCCCGUCGUUUGACCGCUCUGAGGACCUGGCCUCGCUGCAGUACCUCAAUGAGUCCAGUGUGAUGCACUCCCUGCGGCAGCGCUACGGGGGAAACCUCAUCCACACACACGCCGGGCCCAACAUGGUCAUCAUCAAUCCCCUCAGCGCUCCCUCCAUGUACUCAGAGAAGGUGAUGCACAUGUUUAAGGGGUGCAGGCGAGAGGACACGGCACCUCACAUCUAUGCGGUGGCUCAGUCGGCCUACAGGAACCUGUUGACCACGCGUCAGGAUCAGUCCAUUGUGCUGCUGGGGAAGAGCGGUAGCGGCAAGACCACCAACUGUCAACACCUGGUCCAGUACCUGGUCUCCAUCGCUGGCAGCACCGGAAAGAUCUUCUCUGGAGAGAAGUGGCAGGCAGUAUACACCAUCCUGGAAGCAUUUGGGAACAGCUCCACCUCCAUGAACACCAACGCCAGCCGCUUCUCUCAGAUUGUCUCUCUGGACUUCGACCAGGCUGGCCAGGUGGCCUCCGCAUCCAUACAGACCAUGCUGCUUGAGAAGCUGAGAGUGACCAAACGGCCGGAGACUGAGUCCACCUUCAACGUCUUCUACUACAUGAUGUCCGGAGCUGACAGCACUCUCAGAACGGAGUUGCACUUUAACCACUUUGCAGAGAACAGCGCAUUUGGAAUUGUGCCUCAGUCUAAACCAGAGGACAAACAGAAGUCAUCUCAGCAGUUCACCAAGCUGCAGGCAGCCAUGAAGGUGCUGGGCAUCUCAGUGGAGGAGCAGAGGGCUCUGUGGCUCAUCCUGGGGGCCAUCUACCACCUGGGGGCAGCAGGGGCCACCAAAGAGGCUGGCGAAGCUGGCCGUAAGCAGUUUGCCCGUCAUGAGUGGGCCCAGAAGGCAGCCUACCUGCUGGGCUGCACCCUGGAGGAGCUCUCCUCUUCCAUCUUUAAGCACCAGGCCAAGGGGCCCAUGCAGAGGUCCACCUCCUUCCGUGGGGGGCCCGACGAGGCCGGCGCAGGAGACAGCUCAGGCUCUAAGAUCACAGCCCUGGAUUGUUUGGAGGCCAUGGCUUCAGGCCUGUACUCAGAGCUCUUCACCCUCGUUAUCUCCCUUGUCAACAGAGCUCUGAAGUCCAGUCAGCACUCACUGUGCUCUCUGCUCAUCGUGGACACACCGGGUUUCCAGAACCCUCGUAUGGCCAAGCGGCAGCGUGGUGCCACCUUCGAGGAGCUGUGCCACAACUACGCCCAGGAGCGCCUGCAGACUCUGUUCCACGAACGCACCUUUGUACAGGAGCUGGAGAGAUAUAAGGAGGAAAACAUAGAGCUUGCAUUAGAUGACAUAGAGUCCAGUACCUCAAUGUCUGUAGCAGCUAUAGACCAAGCAUCUACUCAAGCGCUGGUGCGCACCCUUGCAAGGACAGAUGAGGCUCGAGGUCUGCUGUGGCUGAUGGAGGAGGAGGCUGUGCAGCCAGGGGGCUCUGAGGACACUCUGCUGGAGAGACUCUUCAGUUACUACGGCCCUGACCAGGGGGACAACAAAGGACACGCCCUGCUCCUGAAGAGCGACAAGCCGCAUCACUUCCUGUUGGGCCACAGCCACGGGACAGACUGGGUGGAGUACGAUGCUCAGGGUUGGCUGAGCCACGCCAAGCAGAACCCCGCCUCCCAGAAUGCUGCCACUCUGCUGCAGGACUCACAGAAGAAGAACAUCAGCAGUCUGUUCUCUAGUCGUAGUGGAGGGCCCACAGUGCUGUCUGGCUCUAUCGCAGGGUUGGAGGGGGGAUCUCAGCUGGCCCUCCGCAGAGCCACUAGCAUGAGGAAGACCUUCACAACCGGUAUGGCUGCCGUGAAGAAGAAGAGCCUCUGCAUCCAGAUCAAACUGCAAGUGGAUGCUCUGCUGGACACAGUACGCAGGUCCAGAGUUCACUUUGUCCACUGCCUACUGCCCAAGGCAGAUGCGGUGGGGGUGGGUGGCGAGCCGCGCGUGGCCCACGGAGAAAGCUGCGACUCAGGCCUCAUGCAGCUGGAUGUGGGCCUUCUGAGGGCUCAGCUCCGUGGAUCGAAGCUUAUUGACGCGCUGCGCAUCUACAGGCAAGGAUACCCUGAUCACAUGGUGUUCUCUGAAUUCCGUCGCCGCUUCGAUGUGUUGGCACCCCACCUGACCAAAAAGCACGGGCGCCACUACAUCGUCACAGACGAGAAGCGGGCUGUGGAGGAGCUGUUGGAGUCUCUGGACUUGGAGAAGAGCAGUUACCACAUGGGCCUGAGCAGGGUGUUCUUCAGAGCUGGGACCCUGGCCAAACUGGAGGAGCAGAGGGACGUCCAGACCAGACGCAACAUCACCAUGUUCCAGGCUGCCUGCAGAGGAUACCUGGCCAGACAGGCCUUCAAGAAGAGGAAGAUCCAGGACCUGGCUAUCCGCUGCAUCCAGAAGAACAUCAAGAAGAACAAGGGAGUGAAGGGCUGGGCCUGGUGGAAGGUGUUCACCACAGUACGCCCCCUUAUAGAGGUCCAGCUCACAGAGGAGCAGAUACGUGGCAAAGACGAGGAGAUUCAGCAGCUGAAAGGGAGGCUGGAGAAGGUGGAGAAGGAGAGGAACGAGCUGAGACUCAACAGUGACCGCCUGGAGAGCCGGAUCACAGAGCUGUCGUCGGAGCUGGCAGACGAGAGGAACACAGGAGAGUCGGCCUCUCAGCUGCUGGAGUCUGAGACCUCAGAGAGACUGAGACUGGAGAAAGACAUGAAGGACCUGCAGACUAAGUUUGACUCGAUGAAGAAGUCUAUGGACUCUAUGGAGAUGGAGGUGAUGGAGACCAGACUCCUCAGAGCCUCCGAGCUCAACGGAGAGAUGGACGACGACGACACAGGGGGAGAGUGGAGACUGAAGUAUGAGAGAGCCAUCAGAGAGAUCGAGUUCACCAAGAAGAGGCUCCAGCAGGAGUUUGAUGACAAGCUGGAGAUUGAGCAGCAAAACAAACGACAGCUGGAGAGGAGGCUAAGUGACCUCCAGGCAGACAGUGAAGAGGUGCAGCGUACGGCCCAGCAGCUGAAGAAGAAGUGUCAGAGAUUGACGGCUGAGCUACAGGACACCAAGCUACACCUGGAAGGCCAGCAGAGCCGCAACCAUGACCUGGAGAAGAAACAGAGGAAGUUUGACUCCGAGCAGAACCUGUCUCAGGAGGAGGUUCAGAGGGAGAAGAAUAUUAGAGAGAUGCUGAGCAGAGAGAAGGACAUGCUGACUGGAGAGGUGUUUAGCCUACGACAGCAACUGCAGGACAAGGACCUGGAGAUGUGUGCGCAGAAUGUGAAGUUAGAACAGCUGGAGGCGGAGCUGCUGGACCUGUCGUCCCAGGAGACCAAGGAUGAGGCGUCGCUGUCCAAGGUGAAGAAGACGAUGCGUGACCUGGAGGCCAAGGUCAAAGACCAGGAAGAGGAGCUGGAUGAACAGGCCGGAACUAUACAGAUGCUGGAGCAGGCUAAGCUGCGUCUGGAGAUGGAGACAGAGAGACUGCGCCAGACACACUCCAAGGAGAUUGAGAGUAAAGAUGAGGAGGUGGAGGAGAUCAGACAGUCCUGCAGUAAGAAGCUGAAGCAGAUAGAAGUCCAGCUGGAGGAGGAGUAUAAUGACAAACAGAAGGUCCUACGUGAGAGGAGAGAACUGGAGACCAAGCUGCUGUCUGCCCAGGACCAGGUGAACCCCAGAGACGUGGAGACAGAGAAGAGGCUGAGGAAGGAUCUGAAGCGCACCAAGGCCCUGCUGGCCGACGCCCAGAUCAUGCUGGACCACAUGAAGAACAACGCCCCCAGCAAGAGAGAGAUUGCCCAGCUCAAAAACCAGCUGGAGGAGUCAGAGUUCACUUGCGCGGCAGCAGUGAAGGCCCGUAAAUCUAUGGAGGUGGAGAUUGAGGACUUGCAUGUGCAGAUGGACGACAUCUCCAAAGCCAAACAGGCUCUGGAGGAGCAGUUGAGCAGGCUGCAGAGAGAGAAGAAUGAUCUGCAGUCUCGUAUGGAGGAGGACCAGGAGGAUAUGAACGAGCUCAUGAAGAAGCACAAGUCAGCUGUCUCCCAGUCAACUCAGAACCUAGCCCAGAUCUCUGACCUACAAGCCCAGCUGGAGGAGGCCCUCAAGCAGAAGCAGGAUGUCCAGGAGAAGCUCUCGGCACUGCAAAGCCAGCUGGAGUUCCAGGAGACUUCUAUGGUGGAGAAGUCUCUGGUCAGCAGGCAGGAGGCCAAGAUCCGAGAGAUGGAGACCAAGAUGGAAUUUGAGAAGACGCAGGUCAAACGCUUGGAGAGCCUGGUGGCCCGUCUGAAGGAGAACCUUGAGAAGCUAACAGAGGAGCGGGAUCACCGCAGCACCAGCGAGACCCGGGAGAAGGAGCAGAACAAGCGGCUCCAGAGACAGAUCAGAGAUAUCAAGGAGGAGAUGGGAGAGCUGGCCAAGAAGGAGGGAGAGGCCAGCCGCAAGAAACAUGAGCUGGAAAUGGAUAUUGAAAGCUUGGAGGCAGCCAAUCAGAGCCUGCAGGCAGACCUUAAACUAGCCUUCAAGAGGAUUGGUGACCUCCAGGCUGCCAUCGAAGAUGAGAUGGAGAGUGACGACAACGAGGACCUCAUCAACAGUUUACAAGACAUGGUGACAAAGUAUCAGAAAAGAAGGAACAAAACUGAGGGAGACUCAUCUGACUCGGAGGUGGAAGACCGUGUGGACGGGGUCAAGUCCUGGCUGUCCAAAAACAAAGGCUCGACCAAGAACCUCUCAGAUGACGGCAGCCUCAAGAGCGCCAGAUUUGCUGUAAACGUAGACGCAGAGGAAGGGAAAGAGUGGAAAGAGGGUAAGGAAUGGAAAGAGGGCAAAGAGAAAGCGGUAGAUCAGAACAGGCCGGUGUCUGUGAUGAGUUCCCUGAGCUACAGGAAGCGCUCCAACAUCAAUGACUCCAUCGGAGGUAAAGGGGACGACAGCUCCCUCUUCAGUUCCCUCAAGAAUGACCAGGAGUCCCAGGAGUCUAUCUCCUCCUUCCGUAAGGCCAAGCCCAAAGGCUCCUUACCCCAGGAUGACUCCUACUCAGUCAGCUCCAGCUCCUGGAGGAAGUCCCAGACUGGGAACGAUGAUGGCCGUGGUUCGGUUAUCUCCCAGGCCUACACUGAAGCCACCAGCAGGGCUAGGAAGGGCAUGGACAGCCGCUGGGGAGACUUCGACAAAGAGUCCACCGUGUCCUCCAUGGUCCCCAGCCGGGCCUCCGUCGCCACCACGUGCCGUGGCCUGAGCCCAGACGACACCAUUCCCAGUCCCCUGAGCCGCCGCAGCAGCACCUCUCUCAGUCGCCGUUCUGGGGGCAGGAGCCCUGGCAGUGUGAGCUGUGCUGACUCACGCAUAUCGGACUUCCGCAGCUGCCGCCUUAGUGAGUUUGAUGACAUGGAGGACAGGCACAGCGUGGCCCUCACCGAGCGCUCCUCGGCCUACAGCUCCCACUCCUCCACGGGACGCAGCCUGUCCAUGCCCCCGCCACACGCCCGCUCCUCCUACAGAGAUGAUGACGAGCUCCCUGACACCUCGGACGUCAAGCCGGCCACCGUCGGCCACCGCAACUACCUGGACCCCGACCUGGAGAAGGCCAUCAACGAGGUGCUGAACUUCAAACCCAUCAAGUUCAAACGCACCAGCCUGGAAGACUCAGAGGCUGAGGCAGGGAGGAAAGAGGAUGAUACAGAGGAUGACAGGAAGGGUGUGCUUAGUGUCAGGGGGAGUGGCGACCGGGAGGUGAACAGCGGGCGCAGCACCAGCAGUCUGAGACGGUCCGCGUCGGCUGUGGACUGUAGGAGGUCCUCGAGCAGCAUGAGCAGCCACAGUCGCAGCCACAGUCGCAGACACAGCCGCAGCAACAGUCGCAGCAACAGUCGCAGCCACAGCCGCAGCCACAGUCGCAACAGCGGCAAGAAGAGCCAAGGUAAGAAGAAGAAGAAGAGGAGGGGCCACGGCUCCGAGUCAGACAGCUCCAAUGAUGACCGCCGCAGCAGGAAGGGCAGCUCCAAGAAGAAGGACAAGAAGUCCAAAAAGGAGACUUCUUCCUCAUCCUCAGAUUCAGAGUCUGACUCAGAGUCUGGCUCCAGUUCAGGUGCCUCCACCGUCUCCUACAAAAGCACCAACAGCGUGAAAAGAGCCCCUGGCCGCCAGGCCUCUAGCCCAGAGGGGGAGAGGGAGGCGGGGACACCUGCUGAGGGGAGGCCCCCUCCUGACAAGAAGGAGGAGAAGAAUAGGAAGAAGAAAGUGGACAACCUGAUGAUGAAAUAUCUGUACAGACCGGACAGUGACUGAGGCUGGCAUCCUCCUAGCCGAAGACGGUUCUGCUUUGACAAAUCUGACGAAGAAGAGGAAGAAAAAAAAGGUGGUGUGUCCCGAGGGUCCUACCGCUCCAGAAACACACGGGGCAGCUACCUG